AAGAGAGAAAAAUGGAGAAGGUAGUUCCAAAGCUUUUCUUCAUAGCUCUGUUCACGUUCAUACCAUUACUAGGGCACUGUAGCAGCAUCGAAGAAAAUAGAGAAUUUGACCAAUGGUUUCAGAAGCUCGACAACUCAAAACCCAAGCUGACCCGAUUCCACUUCUACUUUCACGACAUCGUUUCAGGCUAUGGCCAGACAUCAUUCGUAGUGGUUCCACCACCCAAGAUCAUCAGGCCAUCGACCACCUUGUUCGGACAAGUCAACAUGUUUGACAACCCACAAACCAAGGGACCCGAACUCACGUCCGGGCUUGUAGGCAGGGUUCAGGGGCUAUACAGUUUCGCGUCCCAAGAAGAGCUCUGUCUACUUAUGGCCAUGACCAUUGUUUUCACCAGCGGCAAACACAACGGUAGCAGUGUCACUAUUUUGGGGCGCAACGCAGUGUUUCAAUCCCGGCGAGAGUUUCCAAUUGUCGGCGGAACUGGCGAUUUCCGGUUGGCCCGUGGAUUUGCGUCAGUCUCGAGCUAUUUUAUUAAUGCUACUCUUGGUAUUCUGGAAUAUAAUCUUAUGGUUAUACAUUAUUGAAUGAAAAAAUGAGAAUGGCGUUGUCUUUUCCCUACUUGUUUAAUAAUAUUGUUGUUCUUGUAGGGACUUCUCUGAUUAGUGGCUUUUGCCGGAGAUAUGCGAGUAUUCUAAUGGGUUUUUUAUUGAAUUUGAAAAAGAGAUAAACAGGUCCGCAAAGAUUAUUUUACCGACGACUUCAUUGUGUUGCUUCAGAAUUUUUACCUCAAUAAUUUUUGAAGUCCGUAUUUUUCUAGACUUUGUACCUCAAAUAUAUUUUUACAAUUUCCCCAAAGUUCUCGUUGUAAGUUGGAAUGUCACAACACCUGAAAUGUUGAAGAAAUUAUGCAAGUAUAUAGCUUGAUAUG